AUGUCGACGGUGGCACGUUUGAGCUCAGGCUGGCGGCCCGCAGAGACCGGCUUCCGAGACCUGCUGCUGUCGACCCAGCACUCCCUUGGGGAGCACAGCGGAUGCAAGCAGAUCGAGAGCCUCGAGAUCAACGAGCACUCUGCCAGACACAAGCUGCUGCUGUUGGCGGGCCACGAGGCACUGACUUACUGGCUUCUGCGCCCCGCGUCGCCUGUGGAGCCCGCGUGUCCUGCCUGCGAGUGCGUGUGUCCCGCGGCGAUCGAGCUGCCGUGCCCGCUGCCCAAGGUGGAGAGGGCGCCUGGCGGCUCGCCCUGGCAUUCGGUGCUGCAGGCUGUCGGCGCGGGGGUGGCAGGACAGCUCGUGGGGACUCUGAUGCCGGGGUCUCGUCUGCCGGCAUGGUGCGCCGACGACAGCGUCUGGCACGAGAGGCUGGCAGCCUGGCCGAUUAGCGGACCUCACUGGGUGCUCCAGACUCCCGACAAGGACCUCUACCCGGAGUACUUGGACGGGUCGGACCCCGAGGGCCUCGAGCGGGCGAUUCCCUUGCUGGUGGACGGGAGGCUCCCUCGGCUGGGGGCUCAGGCGUAUCGGUUCCCGCAGCCCCCGACCGAGGGCGAGCUGAAGGGCGUGAUCCGUGUCAAGGCAAGUGCAGCGUCCAAGCACAAUCUACACAGUGGCAGCGGUGUUGCCAGCUCCAGCAAACGUGGUCGAUCUUACCAGAAACGCAAGCACACUAGCUCUUUCUUGGCCGACCAGGCGUCUACCAGGGAGUGGAGCGCGUGGAAGCUCGCGGCUGCCGGGCACAAAGGCCGCGGUAUGUCGCUGGCAGAAGCAGAUCAUAGCUUUGAGCCCGAAGAAAUCGCGUCCGAGAGGACAGAAGCUGGCACUUUCAGAGUCUUCCGGUUUCCGCUCAGCUUCUCGAGCACUGCGCUUUAUUGGAGGCGUUUCGGCGUGGAUGUGCCGCGCGAGUGUGAGCGUGAAGGUUCAAGCUGCCCCGUACUGUUCGACUUCCACGGCAGCUAUGAUUCCUUAUACACUCAGCGGAAUUGGACGAAGUGGUACCAGUAUCAGGCUCAAGUCUCGCCAGAGAAGCAGUUCAUCCUGGUUACUCCUGAAGGCUCUCCAGAUGCUGUCACCUAUUUCGAGGCUAAGCUUAACGACGACGCUUCUGAUGGCGCCUAUAGCGUUGGUAGCAGCGCCACUUCAUGGAACGUGCUAGGAUGGGGGGAUCCUUCACCCGCUGUACCUGACGACGCCAUAUGCGCUGAAGUUCCAGGGAAUUGGCAAUGCUUUGAAAAAACGCUGACCGAGGAGAAUGCUUAUCCUUGUUACGGCACCCACUUGGAGAGCCUGCCAUAUCUGUGUGCUCCUUACAACGACACGGUACUUCAGUCGCCAGAUAAUCGCAUCGAUCCCGCACAUCAGAUGUACGCGCGCACUAAUUGUACUAGCUCUGGGAGGGCGAACGACUGGGACUACAUGAAGACAGUAGUCCAGUUCGUGGUACAGCAGUUCAGGGCCGACAAGACUCGCAUUUAUUUCAGCGGCCAGUCUAUGGGCGGUAUGGCUACGCUGCAAUUCGCAGUCGCGGAGGGGAAGUAUGCAUUGCCCAAGGAUCUCCAGCCGGCCGCCAUCGCUCCUUGCUCACCACCCGGCUCCCGCAUGAAUCAACUGGAGCUGUUCGGGAAGGAGGCCCUGUACGUGGCUUCGCCGAUCCGGCUUGCACAAGCAAUGAAGGUGGCUGGCAUAACGAACGUUUCCGACAUUCCCUCCGACAUACCGCACUUCCUCCUCUACGUGGACGUGUUGACUGGCGGCGCCUUUCUAAGUGAAGUCGUGCGCAGGCUCUACGAGAGCCAGCGAGUUGGAUGCCUUGACAGCAAGGGCAACGUGAUGCCACUCAGCUACAGCGGUAUCAUGGGGGAGGGCCUCAACACCACACUGUCACGGAUCGUAGGCAAAGUGCUCCAUGACCUCAUCUACGAGGACUUUUUUCAGGGCGGCACCUUGAG